AUGAAAACCACUCAAGACAAUCCCCCCGAUUCCCUUUUAUCCGAGGCACCAGGAGACCUAUCACCGCCUACAUCCGAGCAGGAGCCUCAGUCAUCUGCCAAGCCCAGACAUAUUUUUCCAAUCACACCGUACAAAACAAAUGAGGUUGUUGUCUCUGGCAUCAAGGCCCCUGCAAAUCUGGUCACCUGCCUUCUCCAAAUCGAUGGCCGACCUAAAGAAGGCGCGCGCACGGCAAAUGCAUGGAAAGAGAUCCGUUGCUAUCGAAAUAACCAGGAUAUGGGUAGUCUUUUCGAGGUACGACAGACCUGGUACUUCAAACAAAAAAGGAACGAGAAGGUCCAACAGCCCGACUCGGACGCAGACACCGAUUGGGUGGGCUAG